UCUGAAUUCCCAGAUAAACGUUUGGUGUUGCUCUUAGUUAAUGGAUGUGUGUCCAACAUCAAGGUCUCAAGGCUCACCCCAGGGUUGUGAUCGGUCCCACUUCUUUUUAUUAUGUAUACAGAUAAACAUCUCAAGAGGGUAGCCACUCUGUUUAAUUCUCUGAAGACACCGCCCUAUUGUCUCUUCUCCAGGGGUUAGAUCAUGGUUGUGCCCUACCUGCCUUCGUCAAAUGAUGUGAUGAUAACUUCCUUGACCUUACGGGUCGAAAAACAAACUAGUAAAUCAUACUAAUAUAGAGUAAUAGCAAAAAAUGUAAAGCCAGCAUUAUACAUGGCGAGGACGUUGAAAUGUGUGAACCUUAUAAGUAACUAGGAAAGAUGUUUGACCCUUAACUCAAAUUUGAUGUAAGCACAGAAUCAGUUGUCAAGGAUGGACAACAAAGAUUUCACUUAAUGCGGAUGCGCAACUCUUUUUGUGUCUGCGAAACGUUCUUGUAAUUUGUAUCAAUCAUUCAUUGAAAGUCUUCUAACGCGUUCAACAUUGUUGGUUUGAUGGGAUGUUCUUGAAGAACAAGCAUAGCUUAAAUUGCAUCGUCAAAGUCCGCUCCAAGAUAAUGGGUGCCAAGCAAAGAGACGUGCAUUCCCUAUGACCCUGACACUGUAUGUAACCGUAGACACUGUGUAUGACCAUGAGACUGUAUGUGACCCAAAAACUGCAUAUGAACACACAAUGUAGAGGACCACGACACUGUACAGGACUGUGUCACUGUCAUGGUGUAUGACCCAGACACUAGUUAUGACGCGACACUCUAUGUGACCCCAACACUUUUUAGUUCCAGUACGACCCUGAUAAAAACCUUUCUAACGAGCACUUCUGCUGGUGCUGCUAAGAUACCGGUAGAAUGAGUGCCUCCGAAUGCCAUGGUGUCAAUCACACACUGCCUGUUGCUACGUAGCAUUAGCCAGGCAGAGGGACAAGGAAAUGUGAGCCCAACAGACUCGAUGUUUGUUUUGACGAGCGUAUAUUGAUUCUGGAGCCAAACGAUCUGUUUGUUGUCUCAGUCUUAUUCCUGGGCUAAACACCCACACCCACACCCACACCCACUCACACACAAACACGCAUACACACAUAUCACAUAUCAAUAUUUCCAUAUCACCAACAAGCAGCACAUCCUGUUUAUUCUCAAUCAGCCCAGCGUUCAGAUGUACGACCCGUCGACCAAGUUAGCGUUUGACCAAGUUAGCCAAAAUCAAUUGAAGCAGAGAAGUCAAAUGAUGUCAGUUAAUUGAUGGUGAGAUACACCAGGGCAGCUUCUCCAACUGAAUAUAUGUUGAGCAGCUGAAGGGGAUCGUAACGCGGCUCUUAGGUGAACACGGCUUCUACCUCCAGAUGCAGCCCGACGGAACCGUUGGCGGCAGCAAGGACGAGAACAGCGACUUCACUCUCUUCAACCUGAUCCCGGUGGGUCUGAGGGUGGUGGCUAUGCAAGGUGUGAAGGCUGCACUCUAUCUGGCCAUGAAUGGAGAGGGCUACCUGUACACCUCGGAUAUCUUCACAGCAGAGUGUAAGUUCAAGGAGUCAGUGUUUGAGAACUACUACGUCAUCUACUCCUCCACACUGUACCGGCAGCAUGAGUCCGGGCGCGCUUGGUUCCUUGGCAUCAACAAGGACGGAGGCAUCAUGAAGGGGAACCGAGUGAAGAAGACCAAACCCUCCUCUCACUUUGUACCACGGCCCAUCGAAGUGUGCAUGUACAAGGAACCGUCUCUCCAUGAGAUUGAGGGGCGUCUUAAGGACUCGGAGCUGAACAUGGAGGAGGGCGAGAAGGGAGGAGAGGAGGAGGACGGGGAGAAGGGAGGACAACAGGACCUGCAGCAGGAGGACACUACCCGGCAGGAGGCCUCGUAGCCCACAGCACCUCCCCCGCCACACGCACACCACAACCGCCACCCCGGUUGACAUGUUGACAACCACCGCGGUUACCAUGACGAGGAUAACGACAACCACAGCUACCGUGACGACCAUCACUACCCCGUUGACCAUGACAAACACCACCACUGUAACAUGACGACAACCGCCAUCGCGGUUCCCACUGUUCCCACAUGGUUACCAUGACGAUGACAAACACCACGGUUACCACCUUAACCAUGACAACAACCCCUCCAUGUUUACCAUGACAACACUGCCACCUCCAUUAGAAACGUUACCAUGAAGACACCCGCCACCACCAUGUUUACCACCAUGGCCAUGACAACAGCGUCAACCAGAAUUACCACGAUUACCAUGACAACCACCGCCAUUACCAUUACUAUAACAUUAUGAUGACACAGACGACAGCAGCCAAUAUUGUUACCAUGACAACAAAAGCCACACAUGUUACCAUGGUUACCAUGACUACCAUUACCAUGACGACUGCCACCCCAUGACCCGUCAGCGACAAAACACAAUUAAAAGCAAAAAUUAAGAAAAAAAAAUCCUCUUCUUGCCUGUGCUCAAAUGUUUAAAAAAAAUUGAACUAAUUUUAUUUUGAGGAUAGUAAGAAGAACUUUGAUCACAUUUUAUGCAAAAGCCCUGGUGAGACCACCCAUCAUCGCCAUGACGACGGAGUGAGAACUUGAAGCCAUGUUAGGUCCCAAACUGCACUUUCUCCCCCACUACUAGAUGUUGUACAAUAUGUAUACUAAUAGACCCUCACCA